GUGACGAUUGCAAUGUUCGCAUGUGUAACUCCUGUAAAGUUACCGUCCAUCAAGGGCUUCUGUCUUCACAAGAUCAUGACGUCAUUUCUAUUCAGGAUAUCAGCAAGUCAUCACCAGGUUCCCAGGAGGUAACAUCAAUAGUCAUUUCAUCAGUGUUCAAUUCAUACACAACCACUUUGCCUGCUGUUAAUACUUUACUUUGCACGAAUGACGAUUUACUAAUCUUCAACUAUUGCGGUAAUACGUGUGCCAAACAUCAAGUUAUGAGCGGAAAAUUAUUAAAAUCAUCAAUAAAGAUAUUGCAGACGUUAAAGAAAAGUAUAUUUGACUUUGCAACAAAUAAAGACGGCGAAAUACUUUUCAUUGAAUAUGAUACCAACAAAAUUCAACUUUUAUCACCUGCGGGUGAAGUCAAUACUGUUUUAGAUAUUUCUCCAAUGAAACCGUUGGCCAUACAUGUCAACAAAGAUAAUGAAGUAAUAGUUGGAAUCAGAGAACAAGGACCACCGUUUCCGGUCCAAGAUUUUUCGGUCAGACAAGUUAUAAUUUUCGGCAGUGAUUAUCAACGGAAAAUAACAUUAGAAUUUGACAAAAAAGGGAAUAAAUUGUUCAGAUAUGCAUUACGCAUUCGCACUGAUUCUAAAAAUGUUGUCUAUGUGAGUGAUCGUUUUGACAAUGACGGCAACGGCAGAAUAGUAGCUGUAGAUAGAAAUGGCCGAUUGAAGUUUACCUAUGAUGGACAAACGUAUUCAGAAACAUUUCAACCACAAGGAAUUACUAUUACGCCAAAUGAUAACAUUGUAGUUGCAGAUUACGAUAACGAUGCACUACAUGUUAUAAAUUCGAAAGGAGAUUUACUUGGAUUGCAGUCCAUUUUCAAAGACUUGGGCAUCAAUGAUCCAUGUAGUUUAUGCUUUGACAAUGAAGGAUAUUUAUUAAUUGGAUGUGGUAAAGGAAAAAAUGAGAACUACGGAAAAAUUCAUGUUGCUAAAAUGGUAGACAGUCUUAUGUAAUAUGUAAUGCGACAAAAUCUCUGUUGCAAAUGUUGUAAG